GAAAAGAGCCACGCGAGCCAUCUCCUUGCCUGGGCUGCUGGAGAACACAUCGAUGGCUUGUGUGAAAGUGGCAACACGCUGCCGCCGCAGCCGCCGCAGCAGCAGCAGCGGCGAUGAAGCGCAGCUAGCAACAGCCUUGCAGCUGGGAGACAGGAGGCAGGCAGGCACCAGCCCAGUCCCAGCGCCUGACAUGAUCUUCCCGUGAGCCAGUCUGCAGGGUCUUCCCAGUUGUGCCUGCUCGUAUUUUAAUUUUUGCAAGGAUACCGCGUGGCUUUGCUCGCCCAGCUACUCCGUGGGGACUGCAGUAUCUUCUUCUUUUUCUUCUUCGUUCCCCACCCUUCUCUCGUUGCUGCAUCCUUCCCUCUCCCAGGAUGGCGGAGGCUGAAUUGCACAAGGAAAGGCUGCAAGCGAUUGCAGAAAAAAGGAAAAGGCAGACAGAAAUAGAAGGCAAAAGACAACAGCUGGAGGACCAGAUACUUCAACUGCAGCAUUUCAAGUCAAAAGCACUUCGUGAAAAAUGGUUGUUGCAAGGAAUUCCUGCUGGUUCUCCAGCAGAGGAAGAAGCUAGAAAGAGACAGUCAGAAGAGGAUGAGCUGAAGGUGAAAAAGCUGGAAGACAACAUCCAUAGGUUAGAACAAGAAAUAGAAAAGCUAGAAAGUGAAGAAUCUCAAAUAUCUGCCAAAGAGCAAAUCAUCUUAGAGAAGCUAAAGGAGACAGAGAAAUCUUUUGAGGACUUGCAAAAGAGCUUUUCACAUCAAGAUGGGGAUGCAGUAAAUUACAUUUACUCCCAGAUCCCUGAACUCACAACCCUCUAUUCGCGAGCAACAGAGCCAGUUCCUGAGAAAGACGGGAGAAGCAGGGUAACUGACCCAACAGGAUUUAAUGCCUGGUUGGAGGACAUAAGUGGAAGCCCUGCAGUAGAAGUGACAGACACAAACAUGAAAUCUUCUAGAGUCUCUGAGGAUGACAUCAGGUUGAGAAAAGAGAGAGACCAAUACUGUGCCAAUUUCCUGCAGCCUGCUCGUGUUCGUUCAACAAAGGAAGACAAAAUGGAAACUGAAGCCCUUGUCUCAGAUCAUAAAAAUAUCACAGUAGGGACUUCAACAUAUGCAGGAGACAAUCAAACUCACUUAUUUUCCCCUGCUGCCAGUCACAAUGGACUUAAAGAAAGACAUGAAUCCUUGGACAGUGAGGUUGCUAAAGAGAUCAGAUAUCUUGAUGAGGUGCUAGAGGCGAACUGUUGUGAAUCUGCUACCGAAAACCCCUUUAAUGGGAUGUCUUCCUCCUCUCCAGAGCCAACUGGAGCUAUUGUUGUGGAUGGCUCAGGUCCAUCUGUUCAUAUUACUAAUGAUUCCACAGCACUCCAUAAAAGUGACAUCAUGGUAGUUGGUGGGCAAACACCUCCAGUUGUUGAACACAGUGGAAUAAGUGCGGUCUCUGGGAAGCUAAAACCAAAUGGCCAUUCUGUGGACGUACUACAAGAGGAACAUGGUGACAAUCUAAAAGUACCGGUGAGUCCCUGCUCUUCCACAAGCUCAAGGUCUUCCAAAGAUGGAGAAAUGACAUUAGCCACCAUUAAGAAGGAAGCCAAGUUUGAGCUUAGAGCCUUUCAGGAAGAAAAAAAGCCAUCCAAGCUCUUUGAAGAGGAGGACCCAAGAGAAAACUACAGGGUGCAGAAAGUGAGACCUUCUGAAGAAAUGAUAGAGCUGGAAAAAGAGAGGCGGGAACUCAUCCGAAGCCAGGCAGUCAAGAAGAAUCCAGGCAUUGCAGCAAAGUGGUGGAACCCACCCCAGGAGAAGACAUUAGAGGAACAGCUAGAUGAGGAGCAUUUGGAAUCUCACAAAAAAUAUAAAGAACGCAAAGAGAAGCAGCAGCAGCAGCCACCGACACCUGUGAAAUAUGUCUCCCAUUCCCCUGUACCACCAGAUCCAGCGAGCCUUAAAAAGGUUGACAUUGUCACUGAACAAAUAGAUUUCUCAACUGCACGGAAACAGUUUCAGUUGAUGGAAAAUUCAGGUCAGCUAAACAAUACAGCUGCACCCAAGAGAUCAGGGAAUCCCAAAAUGUUCACAAUCCAGCCCUUCUACAAACCAAUUGGCCCAUCCCAAAUGGACCGGCGAACAGUCUCAGUUACAAAACCUGUGUCUGUGUGUGGACAAACUGUACAGGUUGGCAGUAAAGAUAUAACGAUUGUAAAAGCUGAGAAGGUCUCUUGUAUCUCAGAUGAUAACAGUAUCCAGAAUGUCUCUGGUGACCCAAUGCAAGUGUCUCCUUGCAGUGAUUCCACUAAGUCUGGCCCAGCUGCAAAGAUCUGGUCAAAUGAUGGUGAAUUCACGAGUGUGAAGGCAGUCUUGACGUUGGUGAGGGAUGAUGAGCCGGGCUUACUAGAUCAGUUCUCAAAGUCAGUCAAUGUGUCUUCCCCUCCAGAGGAACUGGACUCUGGUUUGGAUGAAUUGUCUGUGAGAUCUCAGGACACAACAGUUUUGGAAACACUUUCCAAUGACUUCAGCAUGGACAAUAUCAGUGACAGUGGUGCCUCCAACGAGACAAUGAAUGCCCUUCAAGAAAAUUCGCUCACUGACUUCUCUUUGCCCCAGACUCCUCAAGCUGACACACCUUCUGAGGGUCGGGGAGAGGGUGUUUCAAAGUCUCUUAGCGACCAUGGCUUUUAUUCUCCUCCCUCACCAUUACUUGAUGGUAUGCUUAUCGAUGAACAGUUGGAGUACCAGGCUGGGCUAUUGGUUCAGAAUGCCAUUCAGCAAGCCAUAGCUGAGCAGGCAGACAAAGUAAGUUCCAGACAAGCAAAGGACACCACAGUGCAAAAGAUUUGUCAGGUCAAGGAGCAGAAGGAGAUGGACAAGGCACCUUCUUCAGAGAAACGGCACAAUCCAACAUUUCAGCCACCUCAGGUGUCAUCUCCAGUACAAGAGAAACGGGAUACAGCACCAAAGACAUCUGCAAGUCCAGACUCUGCACUCAGGGAAAGGCAGGCCCCACCACCAUCUCUUGUUGCUCAAGCCACCCAGCCAACCACUGUGGAGGAACCCAAGCCAGAAGUCAGCUAUUUCAGCAAGUAUUCAGAAGCAGCUGAGCUCAGGAGCACAGCUUCCAUUCUGGCUAUGCAAGAAGCAGAGGUGACAGUAGGCCCUUUUAGGCUAAGAUCCAAAAAGCAGAGGACUUUGUCCAUGAUAGAAGAAGAGAUCCGUGCAGCCCAAGAAAGAGAGGAGGAGCUGAAAAGACAAAGGCAGGGUAUACAGUUGACCCGGAGUCCUGUUGCCAAGAGUGCACCUCUGCUAUCCACCAAAACUGCAUCUUACAGAACUGCACCAGGUAAAAUAGAGAAGAUCAAGCCACCUCCAUCCCCAACUGCUGAAGGGCCCCCCUCGCAUUCUGACUCAGCAUCAGAUGAAUCUGGAGGAACCCAAAAGCCCAAGAACCUGAUGCAGACUCUUAUGGAAGAUUACGAAAGUCACAAAACCAAGAGGCGGGAGAGGAUGGAUGAAAGCAGCUACACCUGUAAAUUACUGUCUAACAAGGUUACUUCUGAGGUCCUUGAAGCUACCAGAGUCAACCGCAGAAAGAGCGCCCUAGCACUGCGAUGGGAAGCUGGCAUUUAUGCUAACCGGGAAGAAAAUGAAUAGUUCUGUUGGCAAAAUGGGAGAGUCCUUCCUUCCUUCCUUCCUUCCUUCCUUCCUUCCUUCCUUCCUUCCUUCCUUUUAGCCCCCUUUUCUUUUCUUUCUUCCUUUUUUAAAAUUGCAGAGACCAAGAAACCAAAUAAGAGAACCAAUUUUAAAUUUUCAAACAGCAGCAGCAGCAUUUUAAUCCGAUAUUUAUUACGAAUGUACCUGUCUCUGCAAUGAUAUGCUCAAGCAGAAGCAAUGCGUAUGUAAUAUACACAUACGCACACACACAGAACAUUAGACUGAGAAAAGCAUCUGCUGUCUCCCCAGAAGCAUACCAGAAGCAUAAAACUGAAAAGCAGGCAGUAUCCUUGGAGCGCUUGUCAUCCCCGCUGAUAAGAAAUAGCCGAGAUGAUUAUCCAAGAGGACGAUGAACAGUGUUGCUUUCUUCACACUGUCUCUUCACAGCCUUGCGUCGGGAACAGGAAGAGUUGGCCUGCAGAGUAUUUUACCACCAGGUGGCACCUCUUGUAAAAACAAACCAUUGUUCAAGCUUUGCCCGAGCUUGGGCAGCAGCUCUCCAUCAUCCCAUAAGUGGUGUUAAGAAGAGGGCUAUUACUCUGUUAUAUCCUAGAUAGCCAUAAUAUACCACAAUAUAUAUAUUUUUUGCUGUUCUUAACAAAUAGGGGAAAGAUUUUGAAGUCCAUUUAACGGAUUUAAAAAAAAUCACACAACAGAGGCUGUUAAUUUGCAAAUGUGAAUGUAUAAUCAAUAUAUUUAGCCAUAAAAUACAUUGUAUUGUUUUUGAUGUUAUUUUGAAAGAUAGAGUUUGAAGGCAGAUUGUUCACCUUUUUCUUAAUUUAUCAUAGGUAGUUUUCUGUUGCAAAUUUGCCAUUCUUUUUUUUUUUUCAUCAUCAGUAUGCUUUUAAUACUGCUGCACAAUCUGUAGGUAAAGUAAAAUAAGUAGAAAGAAAUGCCAAAUCAGAAUAUCUUAGUUCUAGUGGAUUGUAUGCUUGCGGUAUCCAUUUGGACUCUUGUUUUUCAGAACAUAUUUGCAUUAUCUGUGUUUAAUGGUUGCUAUGAUGAUGCAGGAGGAAAUAUAUAAUAAAAAUAUAUAAGGAACAUUGAAGAUGAGUUGGGAAGAUAAAGGCAGAAUCAGGAGCAUUUGAAUAUUUUUUACUGAGACAACAACUGACCCUCAAGUCAGAUUCUUACACAGAGGAAUAUGAAAGAAAAAAUAGUUAUAUCUUUAACUAUAUUUAUGCUACAUUAAAGGUCUUAGUGUUAAUAAAGCAUGGGGAGGGGGGAAUGUUUUUUGUUACCAGGAAAUGAAAAGUUGAAGAAAGUAACAGAGAUGAGAGAACAAGGGCCAAAGGAUUAUUUUUGCUGUUUCAACAGUGUUUUCAAAGCUAAAUGAUAAUAGGUUGGAAAUUGUUGACAAAGGAAUAUGAUGUGAGUUUGUGUGUGCACGCGUGCGUGUGUACAUGUGUGUGUGCGUGCAUGUGAAGUUGGAAUAUUAGGAUGGUGAAGAGAUGUAGGUGUGAACAUAUUAUUUUCUCCAAAGCUGCUUGCCAGCUCUAGGGGUAUACAUUUCUCUUUUUUUUAACAAAAAAGGGAUAUAUAAAGGCACUAAACUGAUGCAGUAUUUGUAAUAACAAAGCUGACCAGACCAUGGUAUUUGCAUGAAUUAACACUUCAAAAGCUAUUGAACAGUUUUAUAAUCUGACAUUUAGAAAAGAAAUUUGGUAUUUAUUCUUGUGCUUUAUAGUCUGGCAUAGUAUUAGAACAGCCUUCUUCAAACCAGAGACCGUCAACUGUGUUGGACUACAAUGCCCAUCAUUUCCUAGGAAUGAUGGAAGUUGUAGUCCAGUACAUCUGGAAGGCACCAGUUUAUAGAAGGCUGCAUCAGAGUUGCCAGUUUAAUUUUUUUUCUGUUCAGUGAAUGCAGUAGAAUGUUUAGUAAUGGAAACCCCAAACUUCUGGAUUAGAAGUGGUCAUAUUUUAGGCAACUGAGGAAAGGUACAGAAAGGUAAAGGAUUACUUUUGGCUGGUUUUUUUUAAAGGAGGCGAAACCACGAGUAGUGAUCCUCUACAGUUAUUAUGCACUGAUGUUCCAAUUUGACAAAGACACUGCGACUUUUAAAUAUAUUUUUUUCAGAAAGCUCUGUGCAUAUGUAGACUAGCAUGAUGAUUACUACUACCUUGGAGAAGAUUCAUUCUGAAUUGUAUGUGGAAAAUGAAGUCGAAAUAUUUGGCUAUAAAUCGGUGUGCUGCUUGGAGAAUGACAUCUGUUGUGGCUUCUGAUCCCAUCCUUCAAGCCUGACUUCCACGGAUACACAGAGCUUCUGUUCCCAGAGAUAAUGGACUGAAAAUAAGAGGUCCAUGUAUGUAAGACAAACUUUCCCCUGCUGUAACAGGCAAUAGGAGAGUCCCUUUUACAUGCAUGGGUUGUAUUAGUGAAUCACAAGCCAGGGGUUCUAUGCAAUGUUAGCCCUGCUUAAAGUAAACCCAUUAAAAUGAACUGUAUUUAAAUUAGACUAACACUAGAUACAAACCCAGCUCUAUAUCUAGUUGCCAUGGCCCAAACACAGGAGAUCUUGCAAGCUUUGCAUAUUUUGGAACCAAAAAAAUCCAGCUAUACAAUUAUCAAAUAUUUUACAUGAACGAUAUCUAUAUUGAUAGCUUACAAACUAUUCUGAUUAUAUCUUUUUAAGUAUUUGAGGUGCAACCCAGCCUCAGACAAGGACUGUUGUCACACUGAUUUCCAGAGCAGUACAUGCUUAACCCUCUUCGGUUGGAAUCAGUGGGGUUUAAAGUGCUGAAUUUUGGCUGGAUUGUGUGGUAGCCAUUUCCAGAAUCUAAAAUGCUGCAUAGGAAAGAGGAAUUCCACUUACAGUCAGACGAUAGAAUCGGUGUGUGAAGACGAAAAAGUGGGCCACAGAUGCUGGAAGGACCAGGGAGUUGGCCCCAGUAAGGAAAUUAAGUUCCUGACCUGCAAAAAACCACCCGCACCAUUUCCAGUGGGUGAUAUUUUUUUUUAAGCCUUUAGUAGAGACUUCUUGUACAAGCAAAUUGGGGUGAAAUUUUUAAUUUUUGUUUAAGCAACACCAUCCAGAGGACUGUGUUCUUCAAAGGAAGCUUAAUAUUCUCAGGAUUAUGAAGAAACAGUGGGAUUCCUUGCUGAAAAUGUCUUUAAGCCAGUGUGGACAAUGUGCAUCUGAAAGAGCUAACAUGGGCAAGACGGUGAACAAGUUUAUUUCAUGGCAACUCUUCCAGUGAAAUGAUGGUUUUCUAGUGGAAAAAAUAAAACCAAAGAUGAUAUAUUGCUUGGAAUUGGAUGUUUUCUUCCAUUUUCCUAGGUUGUAGUCAACUCAGCAUGAAAAAACAUGGAGUUGUGAAAGAAAUCCCCUUUUUUCCUAAAAUCAACAAUAAAAAGUGACUUCAAGACUAUGUUUCAUUUGUCUAAAUAUAUUGUUCUAUUCCCUGCCCUCCCCAGGUGGGUCUUUCCCAGCAACAAAAAUGUAAUCAAUGUCUGUCAUCCUGGGAUGAUUUUGCUAAACAGAAAAAGAGGAUUGGUUUCUAAUGCUCUUUCUCCAACUUCAUUUGUGGUGGUGAUGGCUUCUUAUUAUGAACUGCUAUCAAUGGACAAUUAUCCUUUCAGGAAAUACAGAAUGCUGACUGCCAUUUUCAGCAAUACCAAGCUUAGUACUUUCAUAGGAUAGCAGUGGACUUCUCUCUCCAUUAUUUUCUUUUGCCCACCCCACCACUUACACAUUGAAGUCUAUAAAUAUAUGCCAGUACACUAUUUACAUGUAAUUCUGGCCCUCAACCCUUCCCGUAAAGUCGACCCAUCUCACCUCACUCAUUGUGUUGGCUUUGUCUUCAUACAUAUGAAAAAAUGAUAUUUCAUGCAUCAAGUCCUGAUAUAAUUAAACUGUGCAUUGACAAAUACUUAAGCAGUAUAAUUUGUGACUGUACCUGAGGUGCUUUUCUUUUUCAAAUGGUAGAGCAGUGGCCUCAAAACUCUUUAUAAAAGUAUUAAGUUGCCAGUUUUAACUACAUUUUGCUCCCACUCUGGAAGGAUUCAUUGCCUAAAACUGCAGUAUGGCAUUUCCUCUGUUACAAUUGACCAAUCACUCAGUUGCAAAAUACAUGGCUUCUUGUGUAUGUUAACCACGUCAUUGUUGUAUUUGCUUCUGUUUAUAGUGACUGUGAGGCAUACAAUACAAGUAUAUAAUUAUUUUCUCAUUAAA